ACGAUCUUUUUCCGGGUCGCGAUAUUAGCACACCCCAUGAAUGUGAGCUAGCGGGCCCGAGUUCUUCUUUGAAAAAUAUCUCGGAAGAAACAAAAAAGUGGACAUUUAAACACUCCCAACACGGAAAAUAACAUUUUAUCGUCCCGUAACCACAUGAUACAGCGAUGCCAGGGCUCAGCUGUCGAUUUUACCAGCACCGCUUCCCGGAGGUGGAGGAUGUCGUGAUGGUGAACGUGAGGUCCAUCGCCGAGAUGGGCGCCUACGUCAGCCUUCUGGAGUACAACAACAUCGAGGGCAUGAUCCUCCUGAGCGAGUUGUCCCGUCGACGUAUCCGCUCCAUCAACAAGCUCAUCCGCAUCGGCCGCAAUGAGUGUGUGGUUGUUAUCCGAGUAGACAAAGAGAAGGGAUACAUCGAUUUAUCAAAAAGAAGAGUUUCACCAGAGGAGGCCAUCAAGUGUGAAGAUAAAUUCACUAAAUCUAAAACUGUGUACAGCAUCCUGCGACACGUGGCCGAGGUGUUGGAAUACAGUAAGGACGAGCAGCUAGAGAGCUUGUACCAGCGCACCGCCUGGGUCUUUGAUGAGAAAUACAAGCGGCCUGGAUACGGAGCCUAUGAUGUCUUCAAACAGGCCGUGUCAGAUCCUGCCAUUCUUGACGGGCUGGAGUUAACAGAGGAGGAGAGGAAUGUGCUAAUCGAUAACAUCAACAGGCGACUCACCCCUCAGGCUGUCAAAAUCAGAGCCGACAUUGAGGUAGCAUGUUAUGGGUAUGAGGGCAUCGAUGCUGUGAAGGAGGCUCUGAGGGCGGGGCUAGGCUGCUCCACUGAAGCCAUGCCAAUCAAGAUCAACCUGAUCGCUCCCCCUCGCUACGUGAUGACGACGACCACGCUGGAGCGCACAGAGGGCCUGUCUGUCCUCAAUCAGGCCAUGGCUGCGAUCAAGGAGAAGAUUGAGGAGAAACGAGGCGUCUUCAACAUCCAGAUGGAGCCUAAGGUGGUGACGGACACGGAUGAGACAGAGCUCGCCCGGCAGCUGGAGAGGCUAGAGCGGGAGAACGCCGAGGUCGAUGGAGACGAUGACGACGAGGAGAUGGAGGCCAAAGCGGAGGACUAGAGUCGCUCCUCAUAGGAAAGGCUGGUGGGGAGAGAAAAAAAACCAAACCAUCAAAGGAGAAAUGUGGACACAACUGACCACAGUGGCUCAGUCCAACAGAUGUUAUCUUUCUCAUUGCAAACAUUAACAGACGUGAAUCGUUCAUUGGCAAACGUCCCGGUUUGUUCAGUAGCAAAGUUUGUUUCAAAGGCGGGUGACACUAACAGCUGUCCUCUCAUCCAGACAUGGACACAAAGAAAGCUAAAUUACAAACAAACACCGAAAUAGUUCCUAUUUUUAAAUUUGAAUAAAAUCCAAGCAGUUUACAAGCAGUGGCCUUCUCUUACCUCUUGCUUUAGAGCUCAGUGUCCUCAGUCUCCAACGAGGAAACGCAUCAGCUCGUCUGUCUCUACACCGCUCAGCAGUGACUUCAUGUGCUGUUUUCUCUUCCAGUUGAAGGAGUUUUACUGGCAAGACCUGCUGCUGUUUAUCUCACAUGGCAUCAAUAAAGUUCUGGAAGUUUUGA